AUGACAACCAUCGAAGAACAAUGCAAGAUUGUCGAUGCUACCUGUAAGAAAUACCGCUCUUUACCAUGGAUCCCAUUGUCUCAGAUGCAGAAGGCAAGUUCACGCGAUCCUCCAGCAAGGAGAGCGGUUUGGAUCAGUCGAGCCGUCUUCCCCUCUCCUCCCGAAAACGACUUGCGCGAUGCCCUAUAUCAUAUCUGCGAACAUCUUAAGGAGCCUUAUCACAAUAUCACUCCUGCCAUCGAAACUCCUCUACUUGAUGUUCGCCUUGAAUUUGUUGGAAAUCGUGCUGGUGCGGAUGCCAAAGCUGCAGAGCCUGAUAUACCCGAAGUGGACAAAUUGAAGGCGCUGGAGAAUGAAUGCGAGAAUGAUUUUACGAUUCUGUUUGUACAUGGAGGGGGUCUAUACUUCAGCUGCCCUGCCGAAUAUCGUUCCGCCACCAGUCGUCUUGCUCGAUUAACCAAAGCGCGAGUCGCAUCCUUUGCCUACCGACUUACCCCCCAGAGCACAUUUCCUGGUCCUCUUCUUGACAUCUUGACUGGAUAUGUAAGCCUUUUGUAUCCACCACCAGGAUCAACACAUUCUGCUGUUCCAGCAAAUCGUAUCGUUCUCGCUGGCAACAGUGCCGGUGCAAAUCUUUGUCUGGCAUUAACCAAAUUCCUUCUCGAGUACGGAAAUAAUCCUUGGAAGAAAACACUCUUAUUUCAUGGACGCGAAAUAGCUUUACCACUGCCCGCCGGCUUAGCAAUGUGCAGUGGAUGGGCUGAUCCAUGCGAUGUCAUGCCUUCAUGGCGAGACCCGAACGCGGAUGAUAUACUCGGUAUUCUGCAACCUGCACUUUUACAAGGUCAUCCUACCGAUAAGAUUUGGCCUUCAAAUCCACCACGAGAACAUCUUUACUGCUUUGCUGCAACGCUAGAUCACGAACUCGUAUCUCCUGCUGCGGUGCGCGACUGGACUGGAGCUCCACCAAUGUGGUUUGCACUGGGUUCUCGUGAGCGAGGUAUCGAUGGUAACAGAGUUGUAGCUAGUCAGGCAGCACGAUGUGGAGUUGAUGUGCAAUGGAUUGAAUAUGAGAAUAUGCCACAUGAGUUUAUGAUCAUUUUAGGCGCUCUUCCACAAUCAAAACAUUGUUUUGAGGAAUGGUCCAAGGUGUGUAAGGAGUUUGCUGCAGAAAAGACCAGGAAGUCACAAGCGCUUAGAUUCAAGAUGCCUGAUUGUGCGGAAGUCGAGAACCUGGGCGAAAUUGCUGAUAUCUCACCCCUUUCCUUCGAGGAAGUGAGGAGACGUAUGCGGAAGGCCAAUUCAGAACGACCUAUCUGGACAGGCGGGUCGAAGUCUUUAAAGUGUAAGGCUAUGAUAUGA